GCAAAAACAAAACUUGAAUAGAGAAUGGAGCACAAUACCUAACUAAAAGAGACUAACGGGUGAUUUUCUUCGGCUCAUCAAUUGCUCAGGUUUCUCCAACUCCAAAGGGUCAUUUCUGAUUACAUUCAGAUUUUCUGGCUAAUGCUUCGUAAUGUUUUAAGAGUGAGUAGAUUCUUCUAUAAAUCUCCCCAGGCCUUAAGUGUACUCCCUCUAGUUCAUAAUCUCUGUCAUUCAGAAGUUUUCAACACCACAAGAGAAGUCAACAUAAAAGGUGCUUCUAACAUGUCUACUCUUGUAUGUGAUGGAGAAUCUCAAAUUCCACAAUCUCAAAGCGUAUCAUCCUUAAGUGUACAAUCCACCCCUGAAAUAGAAAAGAAGUAUGUCCAUCAUGUUUAUGAUGCUAUUGCUCCCCAUUUUAGUUCCACCCGGUUUGCUAAAUGGCCAAAAGUUGCCACCUUUUUAUCAUCUUUGCCUUCAGGAUCUCUCAUCUUGGAUGCGGGAUGUGGCAAUGGAAAGUACUUGGGUUUGAAUCCUGAUUGCUUUUUCAUAGGAUGUGAUAUAAGUGCUCCCCUUAUCAAAAUCUGUGCAGAUAGAGGGCAUGAAGUACUUGUUGCAGAUGCUGUUAAUCUUCCUUAUAAAACAGGUUUUGGUGAUGCAGCAAUCUCUAUUGCUGUAUUACAUCAUCUAAGUACAGAGAUUCGGAGGAAAAAAGCAAUUGAAGAAUUAGUUAGAGUUGUCAGAAAGGGUGGGCUAGUUCUGAUAACAGUUUGGGCUGUAGAACAAGAGGAUCAGUUAUUGGUUGCUAAAUGGACUCCACUGACAGAAAAGUAUGAUGAAGAGUGGAUAGGACAAGGUAGUCCUCAUGCUCGUAGCCCUUCAUCCUUACUAUUAGAAAGUAUCCCAGAAAGUGAGGAGAAUAGUUCAACAGAGCCUGUAAAAGAUUCCAAGGAGAGUUCAACAGAGAAGAUGCAUGAAACUAUGCAUUUGACCUCUGAAAGUAAAAAUGAUUCAGUGGUCUUUAAACAUGAAAGGAAUACCAUGAAUCACCAGGAGUAUUUUGUUCCUUGGCAUUUACCUUAUCAUCGUGCUGAAGUAAGUGGUGUUUCUGCAUGUGCUCUUGCAAAUGGUCUGGCAAAGAAAGAUGAUAAAAAGGGUGCUGUAGUGUACAAUAGAUAUUACCAUGUUUUCAGUGAAGGCGAACUUGAAAGGUUAGUCUCAGGUAUGGACAAUGCAGUCAUUGUUGACCGAUUUUAUGACAAAUCAAACUGGUGUAUCAUUCUUGAGAAAAUAUUAUGAAAAAUUAAACUUGCUGGGAUGUCAAAGGACCUAAAUGGAUUUAUGUAGAGGGUUGCUUUCUUCCUUAAAGGAUGGGCUCUGCAAACUUUUGCACUUUCCAAGUUGAUCCAUGUGUGGUUAUGAUACUCAGUGCACUGUUUCUUACAUAUGUGGUGGAUCUGGGGAAAUGCUGGGUGUAUGUGUGUGAGCGAUUGAUCUUUGGAGGACAGAGAGAGCAGACUGAAGUGUAACAUACAUUGGUCACAAAGGAUAUGUGUUUUACCAUUACAUGGGGGAUUUGAGUAAUCCAAUGUAUUUAACAUGCAUUGACCUUGUAAGGGAUGUAUUUUUGAGGAACUUCUAUGCCUCUGUACUAACCAACAUUGGAUCAAAUUUGUCUUUCUGCUAUCAAGUUAUGCAUCAAUUUGCAUUUACACUUUUUAUUCUUAUUAAGUACCUCUAGGAUAUCAGAUAUCAUUAGAACAUAA